UCCUCCAGCCGCUGGAGAAAGCAGCGGGGGAGAGACGCGGAGCAGCCGGCUGGAGGUGGAGUCUGAAGGUGGGGAGGGAGAAGAAAGGGGAGCGGAGGAAAACGGGGAAAAAGGCAGAUAGAAGAGAAACGGGGGGAGGACGGUGGAUGAUUUUGAAAGUUUCCAUCGCUGCGGAUUCGAGAGUUGCGGCGCAGAGGAAUAAAACACGAUGAUAACGCCGUACUUCCUGGAGAAUUUCUGGGGGGAAAAAAAUAAUGGCUUUGACGUCCUCUACCAUAACAUGAAGCACGGCCAGAUUUCCACCAAGGAGCUGACAGACUUCAUCAGAGAAAGAAGCACCAUUGAAGAGGCCUACGCCAGGUCAAUGACCAAACUCGCCAAAUCAGCGGGCAACUUUUCUCAGCUCGGGACAUUCGCUCCGGUGUGGGACGUGUUCAAGAGCUCGACGGAGAAGCUGGCCAGCUGUCACAUGGAGCUGGUGAGGAAACUGCAGGAACUGAUAAAAGAGGUCCAGAAGUACGUGGAGGAGCAGGCCAAAGCACACAAAAAGACAAAAGAGGAGGUGGCGUCCACCCUGGAGGCCGUCCAGAACAUCCAGACCAUCUCUCAGGCUCUGCAGAAAUCCAAGGAGAACUACAAUGCCAAAACUGUGGAGCAGGAGCGCCUCCGCAAAGAGGGGGCCACCCAGAGAGAUGUGGACAAGGCUGGAGUGAAAGCCAAAAAAGCCACAGAGGCCUAUAAAUCAUACGUAGAGAAAUAUGCCGCCGCCAAGUCCGAGUUUGAACAGAAGAUGGCAGAAACUGCACAGAAAUUCCAGGACAUCGAAGAAAGCCACAUCCUCCACAUGAAGGAGAUCAUUCAGUCGUACUCGCAGUCCGUGGACGAAACGCACAUUCAGAUCGGAGAGGUGCACAAUGAGUUUGUGCGGAACGUUGAAAACACGUCUGUGGAGGGUCUAAUACAGAAACUGGCCGAGAGCAAAGGCACGGGCAAGGAGAGACCAGGGCCCAUCGAGUUUGAGGAGUGCAAUGCAGCUAUUGCCACUGAAGGUGCCAAACCUAGAAAGCGGAAACCAUUCGGUAUCCCAGGUCGAAGGAAAGACAAGGACACAGACUCCACGGAGUCGACAGAAGUUGAAGGCUCUAACACUGCCAAUGGCGCUCCCCCCGGAUACUAUGGAGCCAUCGACAUCCAAAACGCUAAUGUUCCUCAAGUGGAUUCCGAGGGAUUCUGCAUCAGGCCAGAAGUCAAUGAGAACGAUGCCAAAGACAAUUCCUUCUACUCGUCCAGCGACUCGGACGACGAAGACGCUCCCAGGAAGUUCCACGUGCAGAUCAAGCCCGUUCAGCCCAACAACGGCACGCACCAGAACCGGGCCAACAUCGACGAGCUCAAGGCUUCCAUCGAAAACAUCAUCCUGUCGCCGUCGACCUCGGGACAGAUGCGGAGGAACCAGUCCAGGUUCACAGGAGUGCCUACAUUAAGGGCUAAGGCUAAGGGCUCUGGCGAUGAAUUAGCGAAAAGCAGAGUGCCAACGUCUUAUGAACUGACGAACAACGACCUCCUGUCUCUGGACCCGUUCAGCCCGGCUCUGGCAGUCGGAUCUUCCUCCUCCGUAUCAUCGACAGACCUUGCCUCUGUCCUCUUUUCAAUCCCUCCGUCUCCAUCUUUUCUGACGAUUGACUCUGACUCAGACGUCUUUCUGCCAGAGGCACCAGCUGAGACGGCGGCUCAGCCGCCGGCGCCGUCUCCCCCGGCGACAGAAAACCAGCCCUCCAAAGACGUCUCUUCCUUCUCUUCGUCCACGUCCUCUCCCUGGGAUUCGCCCGAAAACCCCUUCCAGGCCCCGAAGCCCGCUCCAGCCAGAGCCCGGAGCGCCCCCAUCACCCAGCCCAGCGAGCCGGUGGACCCCGUCCGGAGCCCGCCGGCGUCCAGCCCCCCGAAGAGCGUGGACGCCUUCUCCUCGGUGUCCUGGUCGCAGAGCCAGUGGAUCGCCUUCAGCGACAACUUCGCCCCGCCGCGCCGCCAGGGCCCGGGGCCGUCGCUGAAGGACGUCCAGAGGGGCUCCGGCAGGUCGAGCCGCUUCCUGUCCGAUGAGUCCGCCGACGCCUACGGCAAGGCGGCGGCGGCGAGCAGAGAAGACCUCGGUUUCACUGACGUCUUCUCGGGAAUCGCUAACGGGGCGACGACUGCAGCCCCGCCGAGCAAAAUGUUCAAUGUGCCAGUCCCGAACCGACCCACGACCCCGUUGGCCCCCGGUGCCCUGGUACCCCCACCUCGACCCUCCUCCAGACCCAAACUCCCCACCGGAAAACUCACACUAAUCAAUGAAGUUGGACGGCCGUUCAGCCCACCUAAAACGUCGAGCGCCAGCCCCCCGCCCACUGCCCCGCUGGCCAGGGCUGAGAGCUCCUCCUCGCUGUCCUCCAAUGCCUCGCUCAGUGCUGGAAACACCCCCACCGUUGGAGCUGAGCACACCUUCACUCCCUCCCUCUCCUCCCCCGAGCCAGAGCUGCUCUCCCUCUCCCAUUUCUUUCUACUAAGCCAAAAGGACGAUGUGUUUAUAGCGAAGCUGCCCACCUUUGAGAAGCGGUGUGAGACACCUGCAGGGACGUCUCGCGGUCCCAGCCCUGUGACCCUGGCAUCCCAAGAUGCUUUGCCCAUCGCCGUGGCCUUCACGGAAUCGGUUAAUGCCUACUUCAAAGGAGCCGAUCCCACUAAGUGCAUUGUGAAGAUCACGGGCGACAUGACGCUGUCGUUCCCCAUGGGCAUCAUCAAGGUGUUCACCACGAACCCCUCCCCGGCCGUCCUCACGUUUAAACUGAAGAACACCAGCAGGCUGGAGCAGAUCCUCCCCAACCAGCAGCUCCUGUACAGCGAUCCCUCCCAAAGUGACUCAGAUUCCAAGAACUUCUGGUUCAACAUGCAAGCACUGACGUCCUACCUCAGAAAGGCCUCGGACCAGAACCCGACGGCCUCCUACUACAACGUGGACAUCCUGAAAUACCAGGUGCUGUCGGACGGGAUCCACUCCACUCCGCUCAACCUGGCCGUCUACUGGAAAUGCACGCCCAGCACGACGGACCUGCGGGUGGACUACCGCUACAACCCCGAGUCCAUGGACUCGCCCGGCGCGCUCACCAACGUCCAGAUCCUGGUGCCGGUGGACGGAGGAGUCACCGGCAUGCAGUCCCUGCCCAGCUCCAUAUGGAACUCUGAGCAGAGUAAGUGUCUGUGGCGGCUGAACGACAUCUCGGAAAAAUCAGAAAACGACGGCGCCGGGUCCCUGAGGGCCAAGUUCGAGCUGUCCAGCGGUCCGUCCAACCCCUCCACGCUGGCCGUGCAGUUCAUCAAUGAAGGCAGCACCCUGUCGGGGGUGGACAUGGAGCUGCAGGGGUCCGGAUACCGACUGUCCCUCAACAAGAAGAGAUUCGCCACAGGACGUUACAUGGCCGAUUGCUGAGGCGACGCGCCGCUCUGCUUCUCAAAAAACAAAAGAAAGCUCUCGCUGGACUCAGCCUUCGGAAACGGUGCGCGGCGGUCCGAGCCGCCGGAUCCCCCCCAACCACCACCCACCCACCCACCGAGAACGGCGAGAAUCUCACUACAAUAAAACAGCACUGAGUAUUGAACACUGUUUAAUAAAAGAAAACUAAGAUGAGCUUUCAGGAAAAAUGUGUAGAUAUGAAGUCUAAUGAUGCUUUCUGAUCAAUUCAUUUUUGUAUAGUCAGAAACUAGCAAAAAAUCUAUAUUGUAUUUGAAAUCAUAAAAAAAAGAAAAAAAAAGUGCACUAACAAUCUUUCAGAUGCUCUUUUUCCUGUUUUAUUCAUUCUCCAAGAGCCUAAAAGGAAUAUCGGAUAAAAGCAUUUUGGCACAGAUGAGAAGAACUGUUCUGACCUCUCCACUGUAAAUAAUAACACUUAAUGAUCUGCUCGACCAGCUCUGACUCGCCUCUCAAGAUCAAUUUAUUCUUCUUUUUUUACAGAAUUUUCUCAUUUCCUCUUGUUCUGAUCACGUGCAAUGAAGCAAUGAAGGUAGAAUCUGUCUGAAGCAGCACUCACACACUCGUGGCACAAGCUUGAUCUUUUUAAAAAAAAACAACAUUGAAGUGCUUUCAAAAGAAAUGCAAAAAAAAAAAAAAUCUGACCUCAGUGCCUCUUUUUACUGUUCAACAACAGGAAACAAAAAUAAACGCUUCAUCCACAUUUGGGAAUUUUUUUCUUCCCUCCUCAGAUUUAAGCUACAUUUCUCUGUGGUAAAAAAAGUUGCAUGGAGUUUUUGGAACAAUCACCCCGUUGGAGGGUCUGUGACGGUGUGGUCUCUUUUUUUUAAUAAUUGAGGAAAAAAAAACAUCCUUGUAAAGUCGGUUUUUCUAGUCAUGGCAUGCCUUCUGCUUCCAUAUUUAACUCGUGUCAUUUUCAGUCUUCAUCAAAACUUGCUCAGCAAAUAUGACUGUAAAAAGAAAAAAAAACUAUUAGUCACGUUAGAUGUUUCAGAAAAGAUGAAGGGAGACGACCUCAAAUUUAACUUGCUGCCUUUAAAAAAAAUAGAGCCUUUUUUUUCCCUUUUAAUCACUAUUGAUAGAGGAAAUGUGCCUGAAUCUGACUUUUCUCUACUUUUUUAUGAAUAAUGAAGCACAGUAAAUGAGAACAGCAGCAGCGAAGUGCCAGUUGUGUUUUUAUCAUUAUAAUUAUUAUUAUUAUUAUUAUUAUUAUUUUUGGAUGCUGAAGGGAAAACAUCUCAUUUUCAAAUCGUCUUCCAUAGAGAAACAAGUCUUUUUCGCCUUCUGCGGCCGAGUUCGAUCAGCAGAUCGCCGCCGCCGCCACCGUGUCAUAUCGUGAUAUCAAACCGUAGCGCCACGACGAGGCCGAACCAGCGACUGAAAUGCCUUAUUGACACGACCGCCCAGCACCGAGUAAUCCGGUGCUGCUGACCGUGGCUCCGUGUCGUGACGCAGCGCUGCCACCGUCCCGUCAGACAUUGCUGCCUCCGGCCCCCAGUGCAUGCUGGGAGAAACCUCUCUCUUUUCCGUCACUGUGGGUUUUUUUGCUCCAAAGCUGUGACUUGAAACUUGCUGAAACAUUUUAAGGCGGGACUUCCUCUCAGACUUGUCACAUCACUUGUUUGUUUUUAUUUUCUACCGUGUCCUCAGACGUGGCCUGUUAUUGUUUUUAAGAGGUUUACAAGUGAUUCAGACUCACAGUGACGCUUAAAUGUGUCUUUUUAUGGAAACUGUCAUAAACGGAUGUUUUUUUUUGUCAUGUCUAACGCCAUAUCUGCCCAAGGUGAUUAAAUGUAAUCGUCCUUUUUUUAAAAAAAAAUAUCUUACAUGACUCUUUUGCUACCUGGUUCAAGCCGUUAAUGUUGAUUUAGGACUGUAAUCUUUUAACGGAGAACACAAACAUCCAUGUUGAGUUUUGUCUGUAGAAGU